AUCAGUCGUAUUUUCUAGCUUCACAGCCAUAACAGGUUAUUUACAACUACUAUUUUAAGAGAUACACAACAAUGGUUUGUGAGAAAUGUGAGAAGAAACUUGGACGAGUUAUCACUCCUGAUACUUGGAAAGAUGGGGCAAGAAAUACAACAGAGAGUGGUGGCCGGAAACUCAAUGAAAAUAAAAUGCUGACAUCUAAAAAGGGCAGGUUUGAUCCCUAUGGAAAGUCAGGUUUUGCUACAUGCAGAAUAUGCAAAAGUUCUGUUCACCAGUCUGGAUCACACUACUGCCAGGGAUGUGCUUACAAGAAAGGGAUCUGUGCUAUGUGUGGAAAGAAGGUUCUUGAUACAAAGAAUUACAAGCAGACUUCAGUGUGAUUGAUCUCUUGUUGGCUGAGUCUGGGAAUGGAUGCAUGAAAGUGAUUUGCUGUCUUUAACUAAAACUUGCAUUCAGCUGGUUAAUAUAGUGGAGUUUAGUGCUGUGCUCACCAAUGCUGUCAUUUGUGUUGCAGUUCAGCACAGUGAUACAGUAGCUGAUAACUAUAUCCAUGCUGAAAAUAUUUUGAUGAUAGGUAACUUAAACAAUAUAUAGGCUUGUACUGUUUGUAUAAAAUUUGAUGCCUUUUUUCAAGGGAACUAGUGAGAGUGCUUGUUUCCCCUCCAUCUUUUCCAAACAAAUUAUGAGUAUAUUAAAUAAAACAUCCACCUUUUUAGUUCAUUUGUUAAUACGAUUUAAAACCACUCUACUCUGUCUUUCUGAAACAAACCUAUAAUCUCAGUAACUACAAAGAACCUUUUAGUAGCAAGUCUUCAUUGUUAAUAUCUGUUGUGACAUGUUCAGCCUAAGGUCUCAAUUCUGACAUUUUAAAUAUCAUCCAUUUGCAAAAUGUUCAUGGCUCACUGUACAUUGUAUUUUUCCCUGGUCUAAAUGACACUGUAACGGGUAUAUAAAAUUAAAGAGGAUUAUGUUUAA